AUGUCUGUUGCGAAAGUAUUCGAAGCAGCGCCAAUGCUGCAUCCGCCGCGUCCUUCAGCAAAGGUGACCUGCCGCUUCCUCCUAAACGGUAAAAAGGUCAUCAUCGUGGCAUGUAUGGACGCCCGAUUAGGUGAUCCUGCCCGCGCCCUCGGUCUAGAAGAGGGCGAUGCCCAUGUCACCCGGAACGCCGGUGGUCGCGUAACAGAUGCCCUGCGUACUAUCAUCAUCUCCCAGCAGUUAUUGGGUACACGGGAGACUGUUGUUCAUAUGCUGUUUGUGAUUUCUACUGACUGUGGGAUGACAACUUUCACUGAUGAGGUGCAACGGAACAAGGUCAGAUCGGACCUUCGUCAGAGCGCGGAUCAUAUUGCUUUCUUGCCGUUUGGGGAUCCGAAGCAGAGCGACCUUGAUGAUAUCAAGUGCGAUGGGAUUGCAACUCCUCAACCGACCCCCCAGCAGCAGCUCUCCAAGUCAGCCAAAAAAACAAACGAAACCGCCAAUGAGGCAAAGGUCCAACUCAGCAGCAGCUCCGUGACCUUAGGCCCUGAAUACCUCACAGACUACUUAGGUCCGUCGGCGUAUGUCCAGUUCUGGAACACCGACUGGCAGCAGGUCUCGUCCCCCACACUGCUCGCCGCACUCUCCUAUUUCACCGUGACCUCGGAAUUGCCCACCAGUACUACUACUGAAAGGUCGGAGACUGGCACAAGUGCUUCGCUCUCGACUGAAGCGUCUAGGAUAACUGUCACUGUUACAGCGAAACCAACUCCCACGGCCCCUGAGCCCACGGGGCCCCCGGUGUCCACGGAGCGCACGGGGCAGGAAAACGGGGGUGGGUUGUCUACGGGUGCGAAGGCGGGUAUUGGCGUUGGGGUGGCGGUUGGGUCGAUUGUGGUUAUUGCGGCUGCUGGGUUUCUUUGGUGGUGA